AUGGAGGCACUGGAAGUUAUAAGAAAAGUUGAAGAACCUACUGAAUGGGUUAACUCCAUGGUGUGCAUUAAAAAACCAACCGGCGCUCUUAGAGUCUGCAUGGAUCCGAAAGACUUAAAUGCUAACAUACAAAGAGAGCAUUACCAGAUACCUACAAGAGAAGAAAUAACAAGUGAAAUGGCUGGUGCAAAAUUUUUUAGCAAACUAGAUGCGUCCCAAGGAUUUUGGCAACUCAAGCUUCAUGAGGACAGUACAAAAUACUGCACGUUCAACACGCCAUUUGGGCGUUACUGCUUCUUGAGAAUGCCUUUUGGAAUUUCUUCAGCUCCUGAGAUAUUCCACAGGACCAUGGAGCAUAUGAUCGAAGGAAUCGAGGGAGUCAGAGUUUAUAUGGACGACAUCAUUUUGUGGGGAUCCACACUACAGCAGCACAAUGAGAGACUAGUAAAGGUUUUGGAAAGAGUGAAACGUUAUGGACUUAAACUGAACAGAGCAAAAUGUCAGUUUGGCGUGGGUGACAUUACCUUUCUCGGUGACAAGCUGACAGCCGAAGGCAUCGAGCCGGACAAGGAAAAGCUACGAGCUAUACUGGAAAUGCCACGUCCUGAAGAUAAAAAAGGUGUGUUGAGAAUCCUGGGAAUGGUUAACUUUAUUGGAAAAUUCAUCCCAAGCCUGGCGGCCAAAACAGUGCACCUGAGACAGCUUCUACACAAUAGCUGCGAGUUCAGAUGGAAUAAAGAACUGGAAAACGAGUGGCAACAACUGAAAAAGACACUUACAACAGAGCCAGUUUUGGCGUAUUUUGAUCCAAAAAGAAAAACAAAAGUGUCAACAGAUGCAUCGAAGGCCGGGAUCGGCGCAGUGUUGUUGCAGGCUUAUGGAGACCACUGGAGGCCAGUGGCAUAUGCCUCAAGAGCAAUGACAGAGACAGAAUCUCGCUACGCCCAAAUAGAAAAAGAGACAUUGGGGCUAGUUUUUGGAUUUGAAAAGUUCCACACCUAUGUCUAUGGUUUGCCAACAUUUGUGGCAGAGACUGACCACAAGCCAUUGAUAGCCAUAAUCAAGAAAAACUUAAGUGAAAUGUCUCCACGCAUUCAAAGAUUGAUGAUGAAGCUACAGCGCUAUGAUUUCAACUUGAUCUACACACCAGGUAAACACAUUGUGUUAGCAGAUGCACUCUCUAGGGCCACAACCCCAAACAAAGAGCAAAGCUCCACAGAGAUGGAUGUAAAUAUACAUGUAAACCUGGUAGCAGAGUCACUUCCUGUGUCAGACAGAAAAUCACAUAAGAUCAAGGCUGAAACACAAAAGGACUCUAGUCUGCAAAGAGUUAUAACACUGUUGAAUGGGAAAUGGCCAAGAGGUGAAUGCAAAACAUACUACAACAUAAGAGCAGAACUAAGUGUUGUGAAUGGGCUUCUGCUAAGACAAAACAGAGUAGUAAUUCCACACUCACUGAGAGGAGACAUCCUGAAAAGACUGCAUGAGGGACAUCUAGGCAUAGAGAAAUGCAAACGGAGAGCCAGAACAGCAGUCUAUUGGCCAGGUAUAAAUGCAGACAUUGAGCAAAUGGUUUCAACUUGUGAUACGUGUAUCAAACACCAGGCCAAACAACCAAAAGAGCCUCUGACCAUAACAGACAUACCGGAGGAACCAUGGCAGAAAGUCGGAACAGACAUUUUCCACCUGGGAGGAAAAAACUACCUGCUGGUUAUUGAUUACUUGUCAAACUAUCCAGAGAUGGCAUUAUUGUCCAACAUGUCAGCUACUUGUGUCAUAACGCACAUGAAAUCAAUAUUUGCUAGACAUGGGAUACCACAGAUUGUUCAUAGUGACAAUGGACCUUGCUAUAGUUGUAGAGAAUUCCAACUAUUUGCUCAGGAAUAUGACUUUAAACAUGUGACCUCAAGCCCCCUGCAUCCACAGUCCAAUGGGAAAGCAGAGAAAGGUGUGCACAUUGUGAAACAGUUACUAAAGAAAGCACAAGAUGGUAAGGCAGAUCCUUAUUUGGCACUACUGAGCUACAGAGCAUCACCACUGGAGCAUGGCAAGUCACCAGCAGAAAUAUUAAUGGGAAGAAAACUACGGACCACUCUUCCUUACACAACAACCAGGAAACAUAAACAAGUGAGAGACAAAAUGAAACAGUUGCAGAAGAGACAAAAGGUCAACUUUGACAAGUCCUCAAAAAGUCUAAAACCACUCGCACCCAAUGAAGCAGUCAGAGUGGAAGAUGCAAACAUCUGGGAAAAGAGAGCAACUGUACUGGAGGAGGUAAACCCAAGAUCGUACAAUGUGAAAACUGAAGAUGGACUGAUAUUAAGGAGAAAUCGGAGGAGUUUACUGUACACUCAAAAGACAAUGGGACCAUCGGAAGGACAGUGUGAUGACAACAACACACCACCUGAACCAACAACACCCGUGAAGGACAGUGUGGAGCAAAGAGACCAGUCACCCAUUGUCAGAAGAUCAGCACGCUCUAUCAAGCCACCUGAUAGACUAAACCUUUAAGCAUACAUAUAUAUAUAUGUAUAUGUUGGUGUAUACAUAUAUAGCUAGAUAUAUAUACAUAUAUCAAUAAGGAACUUUCUGCAUUAUUGUGUGUUCCGUAGUUUACACUGUCACAAGUGUUUGUGAUGUUAUUCAAGCUAUGCAAUGUUAGGUAUGUUUCCACAGUGUUGUUCAGCAGAUAACAUCUAAAGAAAAGGGGAUGUGUUGAUAGGAGUUAUGUGGGUAGUUCAGCUUUACCACUAGGGGGCUGUCUAACCAAAUUGUGAUAUAUACUGUGUUGCAGAAGCAGCGG